AAUAUUACUUUGUGUUAAUUUAAAUUAAUUCUAUUUUUUCAUGCUUAUAAUGUUUAGUAUAUCUUUUAGAAAUCAAUUCAUUACAAGUUUAAAGAGACUUUCUAACGUGCCUAAAAGAUGUAUGUCUAAAGAAAAGCACGAAAAUGAGUCUACGGAAUUUGAGUCGGUAUAUAAAUUUCCAAGUAUAAAAUAUAUAGCCCUUCUAAAUAGACUUAAAGUGUACCAUUUUGCUGGAUCAUCCAUAGCAGUUCCUAGUUGCGGAGUGUUAGAAAUGAUGAGUGUAAUACCAGAGCAAACAUUUUUAGCAACAUUCUACAUAGGAUUAACUGCUGGAUGUGCACUCUUAAUACCCAGUAUCUUAUUUCACAAUGUUAUAGGAUUUUUAUAUAUAAGUAAAGACAAUAAAAAUAUUAAAAUAUCAUCAGUUGAUUUUUGGGGGAAAAGAAUAAAUAAAAUAAUUCCUGUAAGUGAUUGGAUACCAUUACUAGAUUUGCCACCAAGAACAAUGGAUGCUGUAUAUAUGUCUCCACAUCUUAGAGAUGGUACUAAAUAUAGAUUUUUUAUAAAGUUUGGUACAGUUUUAAAUCCUACAAAAAUUGGACAAUAUAUUGAAUAGUUAUGCAUUUCAAUGUUCUAAUAUUUCAGCUUGUGUAUAUUUAUUG